AUGACACUAAAAAAUAUACCUUUUUUUUUGUUGGGAUUACGUUCACAAGAUAAUUUAUCAUUGAAUAAAUAUGUAUUACCAACCUAUAGACAAGAGAAUUCAUUUGUAAAAUAUAUCACUUUAGAGAAUCAUAGUAACAGUAAUAGUAAUAGUACUAAUAGUCUUCAUCAACAACAUCGUCAUCAAACUAAUCAACGAAAUCAUAGACAAUCAUUGUUAUUACAAAAUUCCGAUUUCAAUACAUCAAAAUCACAAGUAUUAAAUACUACUACUAAUACUACUAAUAAUACUGAUAAUGAUCAUAAUCCAUUAUUAAAUCGGUCUAUUCAUUAUGAAAUUGAUCAAAAUGACAAAUCAAAAUCGAUAAAUAUCACUUCGACGACUACUACUACUACUACAACUACUACAAGUACUACAACUUCUUCGAUUACUACAACGAAUAGUUCACUUGACAAUUUAUCAGAUCAUUUAAUAUCAUCAAGUAAACAAUCAAUUCAUCAUAAUACAACAAAAUAUCUAUCGAAAUUAGUUCCACCAUUAAUAGGACUUAAUGAAAUCAAUGUGAAUAAUUCACAAACAUUACAACAUGAUCUAUGUAUAAGUAGUAGUAAUAAUGACAAUGAUGAUGAUGAUCAUGAUCAUGAUGAUCAUGAUGAUGAUCUAAGUAAUCGAUGUCAUAGUCAACGUAAUCAAUCUAUCAAUAAUAAUAACAAUAAUAAUAAUAAUAAUAAUAAUAAUAAUAAUAAUCAUAAUCAUUGGCAAGAUUCAAUUCAAUCCACUUGUUGGUUACCAAAAGUUGCUAUGAAUUCAAAUCGUACAAAAUAUGAUGAAAUUUUAUCAACAAAUUGGAAUUUAUUAACAAUGAAAAAUUGGAAAUCUGAUCAAGAAUUAAAACAUAAAAUGAGUUUAAUGAAUUCUUAUCAACAUAAUAAAAUUGGUGGAGGAUUUUGGUUUCGUGAAAAAGCAUUCAAUCAUACUAAAUCAUUUAUUACUGGUAGACGUAGAAUAGAACAACAACAACAACACCAACAACAACAAUCAAAAGGAAUGUCAUUUAGUGCUAUAGUAAAUCAUUGUCCAUUGAUUAAUCAAUAUUUAUCAUCAAAUAAAGCGUUACACUGUCAAUUCGAUACGGUACCAAUGGAACAAACUGAAAUUUUUAGUUUACCUGAAGCUAAAUCUAAAUUUUCCGUUGAUAAUUCACUUGUAAACUCAAAUCGAAUUUCUUCAUUACACAAUAAUAAUACUACUAAUAAUACUUCUAUUACUAAUAAUAAUAAUAAUAAAAAGGUUAAAAAUACCAAAUCUCUCAUACAAUCUAAUAAUGAUUCAAUGAAUGAUUACAAUAAAACAAUCAAAUGUAAAUUCAAUCAAUUACAAUCAGAUACAAAUGAUACCUCAUUAUCAUCAUUAUUAUCGAUUCAAAAUACACAAAAUGUUAUAACAAAAUACCCAGAUACUAAAUUAUAUUUAAAUGAAAAAGCCCCAGCAACAAUAAUGAAUGGGUCAAAUAUGAAUCAACAAUCAAAAGAUAAUCUUUCUUUAAAACUCAAUAAUCCUAAUGAAUAUACACCAUCAUUAUCAUCAUCAAGACGAUAUCAACAUAGUCAACAAUUCACUCAGCAUAGUGAUUAUGAUAAUGGAAUACAAUUGAAAGAUAUUUCAAAUCGUGAAUUAAUUAUACCAUUAAAUACUACUAAUAAUAAUACUACUAAUAAUACUAAUAAUAAUAGUAAUAAUACUAAUAAUAGUAACGGUAAUCAAUUAUAUACCGAUGAUGUAAUCAGGGAGAAAUUCAAAGAAAAAUCAAUAUUAAUUGAAUCACAAAAAUUAAAUAAUAAUCAACAACAAAAUGAUAAUGAAUUAUUAAAACUAAAUGGGAAAAUUAAUAUACCAAUGACACCACAUACUGCAUUAAAUAUAUAUGGGAAGAAAUUAACAUCAUAUGAAAAGGAGGAAAUAUUGAACUUUAAUAAAAUUUGGUAUCUUGGUUUAUCUGCACAAAAAAUCGAUGCCAUUCAAGGAUCUCCAAGUAAUCAUGGUUAUGAUGAUGAAAAUGGUGGUUAUUUAAAAAUAACCCAUGAUCAUAUCGCUUAUAGAUUUCAAACAUUGGAAACUUUAGGUAAAGGUUCAUUUGGUCGAGUAAUACGAGCUAUUGAUCAUAAAUCAGGAUUUCCAGUUGCAAUAAAAAUUAUUAGAAAUAAAAAACGAUUUCAUCAGCAAGCUCAAGUGGAAGUAGCCAUUUUAGAGAAUUUAAAAAAAGCUGAUCAUAAAAAUAUUCAUAAUAUUAUACAUAUUAGAGAUCAUUUUACAUUUCGAAAUCAUUUGUGCAUUGUUUUUGACUUAUUAGGUUCAAAUUUAUAUGAUCUUUUAAGAAAAAAUGAUUUUCGUGGUUUUACAAUUCAUUCAUUGAAAAAAAUUACAAUUAAAUUACUCAAUUGUUUGUGUUUAUUAAGAAAACAAGGUAUUAUACAUUGUGAUUUGAAACCAGAAAAUAUUCUUAUUGGUUUAAAUAAUCCAUCAGAAUUAAAAGUUAUUGAUUUUGGUUCAAGUUGUUUUGUGAAUCAAAAAACCUAUACGUAUAUUCAAUCACGUUUUUAUAGAGCACCAGAAAUUAUAUUAGGUAUAUCUUAUGGUCCACCAAUUGAUAUGUGGAGUUUAGGUUGUAUUCUACCUGAAUUAUAUACAGGUCGUCCAUUAUUUCCUGGAGAAAAUGAAAAUGAACAAUUAGCUUGUAUUAUGGAAGUACUUGGUUUACCAUCUGAAUUACAACUUGAAAAAGCCAGUAGACGAAGAGUAUUUUUCGAUUCAAAACGUACACCAAGAUAUUUAACCAAUAGUCGAGGUCGUAAACGUAUACCAGGCACAGAAACAAUAGAAAAUCUAGUCAAAACGGUUGAUUUAAAAUUUAUCAAUUUAUUAACUCAAUGUUUAACAUGGGAUCCAGAUGAAAGAAUUACACCAAAUGAAGCAUUAAAUCAUGAAUGGAUUAUACGUGAAACUGAACAAUCUAAACAAAAUGUUACAUUUCAAACAUUGGAACAAACAAAUUCAGAGAAUAAACAAAAAGAUACAAUUGCUUGA